UGGUUCACUUCAGUUCAGUGUUUAUUUUGCAUAUUCGCCGGUUUAAACACUAAAAACCUAUAAAAUGGCCCGUAAUAUUGUAAAACUAGGUGCUCUAGAAGCCCAGAGAACAGCAUUCCUCCUAUGUGAUGUCCAGGAGACAUUCAGGCCUCAUGUUAAACAUUUUGGCGAAGUCGUUAAUGUUGCUAAUAAAAUGAUGGAAGCAGCAAAACAUUUUAAAAUCCCAGUAUACGUCUCAGAGCAAUACCCCAAGGGGCUCGGACACACAACUAAGGAUAUUGAUGUAUGCAACGCAGCCUUAGUUUAUGAGAAGACAAAGUUCUCUAUGUAUACUCCGGAGCUGCAAGAAAGACUGAAGAAAGAUGUGCCCGCGUUGGAGACGGUGGUCUUAUUCGGGAUUGAGGCCCACGUAUGCAUCGAGCAGACAGUGAUAGACUUGCUGAAUGAAAACAUCUCUGUCCAUGUCUUGGCUGAUGGCGUGUCUUCCAGAUCUUUGAUGGACCGUGGCUUGGCUUUACAGCGCUUACAAACCAUCGGGUGCUUCGUCGGAACAUCAGAAAACGUACUAUUCAAGCUGUUGAAGGACAAAAAUAACCCGGCUUUUAAACAAAUAUCAAAACUGAAUGUUGCACCUACCCCGGACGAAUUUGGCGCACAAACUUUGGAAAAUAAAUUACAUUAUUAGUGAAAAGAAACAGGGACAAAAAAUGUUUGUAAAUGUAACAAUGUUUGUAUUUGUAAGCUGUCUUUUAUAUCCCAGAUGCUCAAAUGUGGUAUUUUCUAUAAAAAGAGACCUUAUUGUCGAUGGCGCUUACGCCAUUAUUAACAAUGCUUCGAUAUAAAUGCAAUG